UAGUAACAGGGGUUGGUUACAGGCGACGGUUCCCUAAAAAUGUUAAUUCAUUUUGGUGCAAGUUGUCCUCUAAUACUCUAACCUUAAUAGCUACAAUCUCACUUGCACCUUUUCAACCUUUUACCUCGUCAAUCCGAACUACCACGACUUCCUCUAGUCCAAUUUGAAAUUUGAAAUCGACCCGACCAGUCCUGAUAGAGAAUAUCCUACGGCCUCCGAAUUGAAGCAGAUGCCGUGCUAGCGCCGCCGUAGCUAGACAGUCUCGAGGAGCCUGCAGCAGUGCGCUGGAGAAGGUCUGAAUCAUGAACGGCUAUAACGAGAAAAGUCACCACUACGAUGACGAGCCCGAACCUGGCAGCUUCGUCAAGGCUUUUGAUGCUUUUCCGAAAGCCAAACCCCAGUAUGUAACGCGCACGUCGGGCGGAGGCAAGUGGACCGUCGUCAUGUACAUCAUCUCGUGCGUGCUGCUAUGGUCGGAAGUGGCGCGGUGGUGGCGCGGCGAGGAGACGCACACGUUUGCGGUCGAGAAGGGCAUCGGCCACAACAUGCAGAUCAACCUCGACAUCGUGCUCAAGAUGAAGUGCAAGGACCUGCACGUCAACGUCCAGGACGCCUCCGGCGAUCUCAUCCGCGCCGCCUCCCGCCUGCAGGAAGACGUGACCAACUGGGGCCAGUGGGUCGAUGCCAAGGGCGUUCAUCGAUUAGGUCGCGAUAGCCACGGGCGCGCUGUUACGGGUGCGGGUUGGCACGAGGAAGGGUUUGGCGAGGAACAUGUUCAUGAUAUCGUUUCUAUGGGGCGCAAGAAGGCUCGUUGGGCUAAGACUCCUAGGUUAUGGGGUGCGGAGGCUGAUAGCUGUCGUAUCUAUGGAAGUCUGGAUUUGAAUAAGGUCCAGGGCGAUUUCCAUAUUACUGCGAGGGGCCACGGUUACUCUGACCCGGGGGUGCCUACGCAUUUGGACCACAGUGCCUUCAACUUCUCCCACGUCAUCUCCGAGCUCUCCUUCGGGCCAUACUACCCGUCCCUAGUCAACCCCCUCGACCGGACCAUCAACAUCGCCGAGACGCACUUCUUCAAGUUCCAGUACUUCAUGUCGGUGGUGCCCACCAUCUACAGCGUGCAGCGCGGGUCCGGGUCCGCGCCCGCCGAGCGCACCAUCUUCACGAACCAGUACGCCGUCACGGAGCAGAGCAAGGAGAUCGACGAGCGCAUGGUCCCCGGCCUCUUCUUCAAGUACGACAUCGAGCCCAUCCUGCUGCACGUCGAGGAGCGCCGCGACGGCUUUAUUACCUUCGCUAUUAAAGUCGUUAAUAUCCUGUCUGGCGUCUUGGUCGCGUGUAACUGGGGCUUCACGCUGACCGAGUGGGCGCGCGAGGUCGUUGGCCGUAGGAGGAGGCAGAUCAGCGAGGGUGUUAUCGGUGCGAAAGGCGGGUACGACGAGUAAACCAAACCCUUCAUUCACGAGGUUGGCCCUUGUAGUAUGUACCACUAGCUAGCCGGGAAGAGGGAGGCGUGAAAAGGAGGGGGCAAAGGAAGAAAAGAAGACGAUUUGGUUUUGGCAUCUUGUUUUGGCUAGGCAGGCAUUUUCUUGUUCUAGAGUCAUGGAGUUCGGAGCAGUAUGGCGAGGUCGGUAUAUAUAGUAUCAAUUAUCAACACGAAUGAUUCAAAGUCAAUUGCUUGAGACA